GGAGAGGCGGAGACUCUUCGAGGCUGCGGCUCGGGAUCGUAGGCAUCUCCCUGACCUACGGACGCAGCGCUCCACCGACAGGCUGCCCCGCCCGACCUCUCGCUGGCCAGCCGCUGCUGCCCGGGCCUGGUCAUGGGCCUGCCGCCCCCCACCCAGCAUUAUUUCCGAUCGGACAGCAGCGACUCUUCGGCGUGCAUGAUGGGGGCCUCCGAGGACCCCGAGGUCCCGAGGAGGAAGCAGGAGAGGUCGGGGUCUUGCAGCCCCGUGUGGCUUGCCACCACGGCCAUGGCCAUCCUGGCGCUGCAGGUCGCUUCCACCACUGGCCUCUUUGUCUAUUUCACCAUGUCCAUUUCCAAGUUAAAGACCCAGGCCCAGGGGAUUCCAGAGGAGCUGAAGUGCCUCCAGCUGAUCAACAGCCUGCAGGAGAACCCGAACCUGGAGGAGCUGAUCAACAACCAGACGUGUCUCAAGCUCAUGGGUAGCAUCAAAUCCUAUGUGACCUCGGUGACAGAAAAUAUUCUCCACCGGAGUUUACAGAAAGGUUUGACAAGUACCUCUACCAGCGGGGAGGGGCAGCCACCGAUGACACAUCCAUUCUCCAUAGGAGCUCAGCCCUCAGCCCAUGUCACUCUCAUCCCUUACACUGCUGCCAGUUCAGGCAACCUUGACCACCUUGGGGAGCUGCCCCAGUCAUGCCGCUACCCUCUGCACAACUGGGAGUCUCGUGGCUUGCUCUCCCACCUUCGGAACAUCACCUUCAAGGCAGGUGCACUGAGAGUCAGCCAGGGGGGCAAGUACUAUGUCUACUCUCAGAUCUACUUCCGCUACCCAGCAGAGGCUGAAGGGAGCCAGCCCACAAGCCAGCAGCUGGUACAAUGCAUUAGCCGGCAGACAGCCUACCGCCAUCCCAUCCUGCUCCUGAAAGGCGUGGCCACCAAGUGCUGGUCUCCAGAAGCUGAGUAUGGCCUCCAUGCCAUCUACCAGGGGGGCCUCUUUGAGCUGAAAGCAGGGGAUGAGCUCCUGGUAUCUGUUUCUUCACUGGCUGUGGACGAUACGGAUGGCACCUCCAGUUACUUUGGGGCCUUCCGGUUGGCUAUGUAAGCAGCCCUUGGCCCCAGUUUGAGGAGUGUUGGGGGCCAGCUUCUCCUCUGAUUGGACUGCCGAAUGUGUUUGCUCCAGCUGGCCUUCUUGGGGACCACAGGACCACUCCAGCCCUGGAUGGUGGUGGCCUUGGUUCACCCUCUGCCCCAAGGAGACUUGGAAAUAUUCCAAAGGACAGAGAACUGGAUUUUUCUUUUCUGCCUAGGUGGUAGUUGGGGGGAAGAGAGUUGGCUUUGGAGGGUGCUCUGAGCACUGUGUCCUUCUCAUUUUUCUCUAGGGAGGAGGCAGACUGAUGGAGGGAGGGGAGUGCAGGAUCUCUGUGAUCUGAAGGGAAGGUUGAACAAAGGACUCUGGGUACUGGGGGUGGGGGACACAGCCCUAUGAGUUUCUCUAGUUGACCUAGCCAGUGAUACCAGGCCAGAAAAUGCACUUCCUUUUGCAGGACAAAGGACAGCAAGCCCCAUAGAACCAACAGUGUGGAGCAGGAGGAGCCUAAGUACAGAAAGGCCAGCUCCCUGCUCUCCUCCCUCUCCACCCCCCCCCCCCAGGAUUUGCCCUUAGAUGUCUCUACUACUUUCAGACAUCUUCAGGGAAGCAAGGGAUCUAGAAAGGGUCCUCAGAGCAUUUCAGCCCUAGCUCCUGGAAGUCUUGACCCUAGGAGCAAAGUGGAAAGCCAGCUCAUCUGGCAGGGGCCUUGGGGCCAGACAGCAUCCCUCUCUUCCUGGCCUAGCCCAAGUGAAAGAGAGUUUACUGCUCCCCCUGGGGGAGGUGACCCCUGGGAACAGAGACCCCCCUGACACCACAGGAUGGAAGAGUAGAAGGCUCUAGCUCCCAGUCUGUGGCCCUGAAGCCACCCAAGGGUGCUCUACCAGGAUCACUCCUGACCUUGGGACCCUCUGCUACCUGAGCCAAAGGCCGGAGGAAGUCACAGUAGAGGGGUUGGCCAGGGAUGGGAGUGGAAUUCAGGGAUCAACAUAGCUUAUCACUGCCAGAGGAAGCCAGCCCUACAGUUAGGUCUGGCUCCAGAACACCGCCCUGCCCCCUUCAGUGACUCUGUGCCUGUCUUUGCCUUUUCCUUCCACGGACAAUACUUCCUCUCCACUCCCAGCCCCCAAUCUUCCCCUCCAUCUCGGGUCCCCACCCCCAGCCCCUCAAUACCCCCUUCAUUCCAGGUCUCUACAAGACUAUGUGAGGAGCAGAGCUGUUGGGAGCAGGUUGUUGACCUGAUAGGGAGCCACCCCUAUCUGCAUGGGGAGAGAGGACCUGCAUAUUAGCUAGGGAGUCACGGGACUGCUACUGUUUACAGGACUAACUGCCAAAGAAUAUAGGGAAGGUGGGGGGAGGGCUGAGGGUAUAAGGGGUGGGGAAAGACUGGUUCCCCUCUGCAUGCUGGCCAUCAUUUCUAUUGGAUUUGUCUGUUAAUAAAUCUAGACUGUA